UUGAUAAAAUUAACUUUUUGUUUACUUUAAAUUUCAGAAUAUCUGUUUCACUAUUUUGUAAAACUAUUUUCCUCUUGUCAUAGUCCACAUAUCAAACGCAAUUUAUUCCGUUUUGAUUAAUUAAUUUAUUUUGGAUGCGCUACACAUCCUUAUUAUCAAAGAAGGGAAAAGAAACAAAAGCGGCGUUAGAACUAAUACAUAUAAAAAGACAACUCCAUUAAUUGUAAAAUGCUGUUUAAUCCAUACAACGUGAUAAUGUUACUCUAUGCAACUUUUACUUAUUUGAACUUUCCACAAAGUCCGACAACUUCGGAGGAAGUAGAAGUCAAAGAAAAAAUUCAACGUUUACUACUGGAAAUACAGGACGAAAAUCAAUUCGAAUUAGAAGAGGAAGAUAUAUUAGAUUUUUACAAUACAUAUGAGGCCCCAGAAGCGGAAUCGGUUAACUUAUUCGAAGCAGAUAAUAGUAAAAUAUAUCUUCCGGAGGAAAUUAUCUGUAGUUCUGUGGAAGCAACUAUAUCGGAUGACUAUAAAAGACAUGCCGUGGAAUAUUGGAGAAGCGGUAUAACAGGACCAAGAUCACUUGAAGGAGUUAGAAGAAGGUUUAAAAAAGUUUCAUCAAUACGACAAUUGCGACGAUGCGAGAUCCAAAUUAGUGAAGGCGGCAAUAGAUUAGAAAAAUUAAAAAGAAUAUCUGAAUACACUUUAAACCGUUUUAAUGAAGCAAUUGAGAAAGGUUUUACAAUACACGAUAUUGACCUCGCUCGAUGGGCUUCUCGAGCCCAAGAGGAGGAAAAUGCUUCAGGAUUUAAAGCAUCAGAAUCCUGGAUUAAAAGAUUUAAAAGUACACACAAUAUCGUGUCUCGAAAAAUAACAAAAUUUGUAACGAAAAAUCAUUGCUAUCGAAAACAGAUUUGGAAAAUAAGUGUGAUACAUUUAUUGCGAACGUAAAAUAUUAUAUUGAUCAAUAUGGCACGCAAAACAUUUAUAACUCGGAUCAGAGUGGAUUUCAAUUAGAAUUUCAUUUCGGUCGUACCUUAGCACAUAAAGGUGUAAAAAAGGUAGAAUCUGUAGUACAGUCUAUAUCAGCAACCACACACAGUUAUACCAUACAGCCGACUAUUUCAGCUGAUGGUAGAUUGUUGUCGCCUCUUUUUAUUACAUGGAAAGAAAUUACAAGAACCUUUGGUCCGAGAAUGCAGGAAACAUUAUUUAAAGCGCCUAAUAUUUUUGUUACAGCUUCAAAAUCAGGCAAAUUAACAUCAAAUCAUGUAAAAACUUGGCUGAAAGAUGUCUUUUUUCCAAAUGUCGGACCACGAUCCGUACUAUUAUUAGAUUCGUGGAGUGGACACUGUCCCAACAUAAUUUCAGAAACGAGACCAGAUUCUGCGACAGAUAUUAUUUUCCUAACUAUUCCGGCCGGUACAACGGGAAAAAUUCAGCCAUUUUUUAGAUGUAUACGGCUUCUGAUUAUGGAAACAUUUUAUUAAACAUUUUUCCGACACCAUUAUAUUGUUAGAUCUUGCAAUAGAUCUUCAAGUUAGAAAUAAUAUUCUGAAAUUGCAAUCAUUAACACAUAACCAAUUUUCGUCACCCAGGCUUCAAAAUUUAUUUAAAUUUGCGUGGUUUAAAAGUGGGUAUAUACAGAAUAGACCGGAAGAAUUUCAAACACCAGUUGAAUUUUGUUUCAAAGAUCAUUCCAAAUUGAAAUGCGAUAUAUGUGAUGGAAUUUCUGUAAUUAUUUGUUCUUGGUGUAAAAAAUCGCUUUGUAUCACACAUUUCUUCCAUGAGCACCAUCUAUGCAAUGAAUAUGUGCCAUAAAUGUAAUACAAAUUUUGAAAUAUUAAAAUAUAUUAUGUUGUUACUAAUAUUGUUUUAAAUACAUA